AAAGAGGCGCGAUUUCAAAAAGCGUUCUCUAAAAUCGCGAUUUCAGUCUCUCAACUUCUCUUGGAAAUGACCGUCUCUAAACCUCAAACUCUCACCCUGCUCACUUGGCCACUGAAAUGUCUCAGACCCUCGUUCCACCUCCACCAUCACCGUCUUCUUCCUCUUCGCCAACCCUUUACUCGAAGCUCAAAAUACGACAACCCACCAGCAUAAGACCCGUCCGUAGCCAGCCCAUGUUACAUUCAGGCUCUAACAGUAGCCCAGUGGACAAUCCUAGAUGGUCUCUCCGCGGAAUGACCGCUCUUGUCACCGGAGGCACUCGCGGAAUUGGGCAUGCAAUUGUGGAGGAACUUGUGGGGCUUGGGGCGAGAGUGCACACGUGUUGUAGGAAUGGGAGUGAGCUGGAUGGGUGCUUGAGGGAAUGGGAUAGUUUGGGUUUUGGGGUUACUGGGUCGGUCUGUGAUGUGUCGGUUCGAGCUCAGAGGGAGGAGCUAAUGGGGACUGUGUCCUCCGUGUUUGAUGGGAAGCUCAACAUCCUCAUAAAUAAUGUUGGGACAAACAUACGGAAACCAGUGGUGGAUUUCACGGCUGAGGAAUUUUCUACUCUCAUGGCGACCAAUUUUGAAUCUGUUUUCCAUAUCUCCCAACUUGCUUAUCAACCUUUGAAGGCAUCGGGAGUGGGAAGUGUUGUGUUCAUGUCCUCUGUAUCGGGUUUUGUCUCACUGAAGUCUAUGUCUGUUCAGAGUGCAACAAAAGGAGCUAUUAAUCAACUCACUAAAAAUUUGGCCUGUGAAUGGGCAAAAGACAAUAUAAGAAGUAAUGCUGUUGCACCUUGGUACAUCAGAACCUCAAUGGUGGAGCAGGUGCUCAGCAACGAAGAAUACCUAGAAGAGGUGUAUUCUCGAACUCCUCUUCGGCGUCUUGGAGAUCCAAAGGAGGUCUCAUCUCUUGUGGCAUUCCUUUGCUUACCUGCAUCAUCCUACAUCACUGGCCAAAUUAUUUGUGUUGAUGGAGGGAUAUGGUCGCUUCUGGGAAUGACUGCUCUUGUAACUGGUGGAACAAAAGGAAUCGGGCAUGCUGUUGUGGAGGAAUUGGCAGCGCUAGGGGCAAGAGUACAUACAUGCUCAAGGAAUGAAUCCCAGCUCAUUGAAUGCUUGCAUGAUUGGGAGAUGAAAGGUUUCCAAGUCACAGGUUCAGUUUGUGACAUGAUGCAUCCGGGUCAGCGAGUCAAGCUGAUGGACAAAGUCUCCUCAAUGUUUAAUAGGAAACUAAACAUUCUUAUAAACAAUGUGGGAACGAACAUCUGGAAACCGACUGUAGAUUACACAGCUGAAGAAUUCUCUGCGCUUAUGACUACCAAUUUUGAAUCCAUGUACCAUUUGUGCCAGCUAGCACAUCCUCUUCUGAAAGCAUCAGGAGCAGCUAGCAUCAUUUUUAUUUCUUCUGUUGCUGGUGUUGUGUCACUAAAUGUUGGAUCUAUUUAUGGAGCAAGUAAAGGAGCGAUAAACCAGCUUGCUAAAAGUUUGGCAUGUGAGUGGGCGAAAGACAAUAUUAGGAGUAAUUCUGUGGCACCAUGGUUCAUCAGAACCCCCAUGGUUGAACCGUGUCUCAGUGACAAACAAUUUUUGGAAGCUGUAAACUCAAGAACUCCUCUAGGACGGCCGGGAGAGCCGGAGGAGGUUUCCUCCUUGGUGGGAUUCCUGUGCCUACCCGCAUCCUCUUACAUAACUGGGCAGAUUAUUUGUGUGGAUGGAGGGUUCACGGUGUAUGGCUUCGAUCCAAAACUUGACUGAGAAACAAAACACCUGCCGAACUCCUUACUUAUGGUUUUUCUAAAUGAGACAUUUCCAUUUGCUCUCUUCUGUCUUUGUGUGUUUUUUCUUUGUUUAGACCCUCCAUAUGUCUAUCUUGCAUGCUUAGAAUAGAGUUCAUUUUCUUUACUAUCCUUGUAUAUAUUUUUUUUUUCACUGAUAAAUAAUGUA